AUGUGGAACUACCCACUGCGGACAGCAGGCAGCAGCUCGGACGGCACGGAGGACUCUGACUUCUCAGCAGAGGAACCAGCUGAGGUGGUGCGCAGACGCAGCAGCACACGUCUAACUCGAGCAUCUCUCCGUCUCAGUCGGAGCUCCCAAGAUACACAAACUUCAGACCGCAAAGUCCGGAGCAGCUCUCCAGUGGCACCAAAUGAAAGCCGGAGAGAAUCAGUUGCAGCAUCCAUUUUCACAUCUGGACGCAGAAUCACACGCAGCCAGUUGGGGGCAGCAAAUGCCACAGCCAAGAAGUACCCACUGCGCCAAAGCAGAUCAUCAGGCUCAGACACUGAGACAAACGAGUUAAAACAUGGGGCAGACCGAGAUGAGAGUCCUCCUCGGACCCCCACUGGAUGUAACUCACUGGGUCAUCUAACUGGAAGACACGAGAGGCAUUUCUCCAUAUCCGGAUGUCCUCUUUAUCACAAUCUGUCUUCUGAUGAAAGCAAGGGCAAAGCUACAGUGCGAGACAAGCAGGCGGAGGAAAGGGCGCUAUCACACCGUCAGGACGAGAACAGGCACUCCACAAGAAGCCAGGCGCCUUCGGACCGUCAGUUACGCUACAAAGAAAAAGUGACAGAGCUCAGACGAAAGAAGAGCACUACUCCAAACAAGGAGCACAAAGACAAGCACAUUGAUCAUCGUCCGAGCCACGCCAGCUGCAGAGAACCUCUUUUGGAGAACAUCACCAGUGACUAUGACCUGGAGCUGUUCAGGAAGGCACAAGCCCGAGCCUCAGAGGACCUGGUGAGAGACGACACACAAGCUUAUCUGGCAACCCCCUGUAAUGUCUUAUUAGACGUAAACAAGGGGAAAAAGCUGCGACUUGCAGGCCAUGUGUCUGAGGGCGGCAACAUGAUAAAGACCAUAGUGUUUGGUCGAUACGAGCUGGACACCUGGUAUCACUCCCCUUACCCAGAAGAGUACGCUCGUCUGGGGAGGCUCUACAUGUGCGAGUUCUGCCUCAAAUACAUGAAGAGUCAGACCAUUCUGCGCAGACACAUGGCCAAAUGCGUGUGGAAGCAUCCUCCAGGUGACGAGAUCUACAGAAAGACCAAUAUCUCUGUGUUUGAGGUGGAUGGCAAAAAAAACAAGAUUUAUUGCCAGAACCUGUGUCUACUGGCCAAGCUUUUCCUGGAUCACAAAACUCUAUAUUACGACGUUGAGCCAUUUCUCUUUUAUGUUAUGACCGAAGCAGACAACACAGGCUGCCAUCUUAUCGGCUAUUUCUCCAAGGAGAAGAACUCUUUUCUGAACUACAACGUGUCAUGUAUCUUGACCAUGCCUCAGUACAUGCGGCAAGGCUACGGCAAGAUGCUCAUUGACUUCAGUUACCUCCUGUCUAAAGUCGAGGAAAAGGUGGGGUCCCCGGAGCGGCCCCUGUCGGACUUGGGCCUCAUCAGCUACAGGAGUUACUGGAAGGAGGUUCUACUGCGAUAUCUCAACAACUUCCAGGGCAAAGAAAUCUCCAUCAAAGAGAUCAGCCAGGAGACUGCGGUGAACCCGGUGGAUAUCGUCAGCACACUGCAGUCGCUCCAGAUGCUCAAGUACUGGAAGGGAAAGCACCUGGUGUUGAAGAGACAAGACCUGAUAGACGACUGGAAAGCAAAGGAAACCAAACGUGGAAACGGAAAGACUAUUGACCCCACAGCCUUAAAGUGGACGCCUCCAAAGGGAACGUAG